GACUGACAUUACAAAAUGGCCGCCAAAUUCGUGCUUUUCGUUGCUUUCUUGGCUUUGGCCAACGCCCGCAUGGUCCGCCGCGAGACCAACCCCCUGGAAGACCUGCAGAAGCACGCAGCAGACUUCCAGAAGACGUUCACGGAGCAGUUCAACGCGCUCGUGAACAGCAAGAAUACCAAGGAGGUCACCAAGUCGCUCAAGGAGAGCUCCGACUCUGUGCUCGCCCAGCUGUCUUCCUUCUCUAACGCGUUGCAGGGCGCUAUCAAUGAUGCCUCCGGCAAGACCAAGCAAGCCCUGGAGCAGAGCAAGCAGCAGAUUGAGCGACAGGUGGCUGAGCUCAGCAGACAGCACCCCGAGGUGGAGCAGCAGGCCGCCCACCUCCGCGACAAGCUGCAGCAGGCUAUCCAGAAGACCGUCCAGGAAUCCCAGAAGCUCGCCAAGGAGGUCCAGAGCAACGCUGAGGUCACCAACCAGAAGCUGGCUCCCCAGCUGAAACAGGCCUACGACGACUUCGUGAAGCAAGCCGAGGCUGUGCAGAAGAAGGUGCAGGAAGCCGUCAACAAGCAAUAAGAUGCAAUAAACUAUCAGUAUCCCUAUAUUAAA